AUGGCGACUCAGCCACAAGAAAAUGGCGUUGAAGGUCAAGAAAGGCAAUUUGUACGCAAAUCGAUGGAGGCCUAUAGCCAGGUUGAGUUGGAGGAUGAUGAUGACGAGGACGACGAUGAAAAGUCAGAUGUUGACAAAGAGGAUGCAAAAGCACUCCACGCAAUGCCAGAAGAAGAGAAGCAGCAGGCGAUGAAUCAAUUCGCCCCACGCAGAGCAACAGCCCAUAUCCCUGAGGAUUCCGAAGCCAAAGUUGUGUCGGAUGCAUUGGCCAGAGGCGCCACUCAGGCAUUCUUGAAACCCUCCGAAAGGAGAAAGCUGCCGGAAAGGUCUGGUCAAGUGAAACGUAUCAGCGCGAGCUGGCUGACCAGCUGGCAAUGGAGAUGGCUCGUGUUGAAAGAUCGCAGACUCGCGUGGUUUGAUGGUCCUGGGAUGAAGAAGCUGCAUGGAGUUAUUGACUUUGACCUUGUUGAAGUUGAGAUUGAGCUAUUGUGGGAAAGCGAAGACGGCACCACCAAACCGAGCCAACCAGCAGUACGGCGAGGCAAGGAGCGCGGAUGCAGGAGCGUAUGCAUCUCCGGCCUUUUCUCACCAGCUGGGGAAGUGGCAUUCCGAUUGCUUGUAGCUGGGAGCAAUCGUGCAUUUGAGAUGUGUGUCUCCUCCAAGGAGGUUGGUGAGGAAUGGAUCGAAGAUAUUUUAGCCCACAUGGAGGAUGCAGCAAGGAGGAACAAGGGGCGGCUCAGACUGAAUGCAAACAAGCUCAACACUUUCAACUAUGGCCGCUUCCGCUCAGCGUGGUGGAAGGUGAGCCGGAUCACGCCAGAAACUUUCGAUUACAUCGCCGACACUGGAGAUGUCCUGCUCUUCAAGUCUCAAGGCACCUUCCCGCAGCUGAUUCGAGCUGCCUCCAGAGCAGCUGCGAUGAACGGGCGCUACGACCACGUCGGUCUAAUUCUGAAGUUGGAAGGUGGUGCCACUGCAAUCUUAGAAGCAACAGGCAAUGAAGGCGUUGGCCUGUGCACCUGGUCCAACUUCCUAGCCAACAAUUGGCAGAAGCUCUAUCCAGAGUUGGCGCUUCGAAGAGUGCGGUGCAACCGGAAUGCAGAAACUCUGGGGGUACUGCAGGAGUGGGUUGGGAAUGUCAUUGGAAAGCCUUACAACAUCUCUGUUGGGAAAUUGAACCACAGAGGCUCCACUGGAGGGGACCAGGAGGACUUCUUUUGCUCGCAAUUAGUGGCCGAAGCAUUGAAGGUUAUGGGCGUGAUUCCCCGAGGGCAAAGAGACUCCGCCGAGUUUUGGCCAGACUCUUUUUCUGCCAAGAGCCCGCCCAUUGAGUGCACUCCCGACUGUAGCUUCGACCCUGAAGAUUUGACCAUCGACUUCGAUCUCUCGAAAGGCACCACUGACGCAAAAGCCUCCGCUGGGCAACAGCGUGACGCCACAGUAAGCCUGUGGUAA